AUGCAUUUCUCGCCCGCAGUAGCACUCCUCGUCGCUCUGACGCCCUCCUACAUCCUCGCCGCACCCACCAAGCAGAACAUCCAACGGCGAGAUGACACGGCCUCCGAGGACCAGGGCGGCUCCAACUACAUCACCAGCACAAUAUCGAACGUCUGGCGCCAGGCCGGCAACUGCGACCUGAGCUCUGUCACCAUGCCUCUCGACCAGGCCCCUAGCCCAUCGCCACUCCCCUCCCCGUCCGAAGGCCUUAUCCUCUCACACGUCGCCGUCGGUCGGGGCACGCAGAACUACACGUGCUCUGGCGCCUCUGCGUCAUCGGCACCCACGGCCAAGGGCGCCGUCGCCACCCUCUUCAACGCGACCUGCCAAGCCGCGCGUACCCCAGACCUGCUCUACGACACGCCGUCGAUCGCGCUGGCCUACGACAUCCCCUCGGCCCAGACGGCCCUGGCCGCCUACGACAUCCUCCUGUCGGGCCACCACUUCUUCACCGACGACACGACCCCCUUCUUCGACCUCGACACCGACCAGCACAGCUACGGCACCGUCGCCUGCAAGAAGGACUCGGCCGCCAACGCUCCCGCUCUCAACUCGAGCUCGUCCGUCAAGUCCAACUACGCCGCCGGCACCCAGGGCACCGACAACGGUGACGUUCCGUGGCUCAAGCUCGACGCCGUCCAGGACAGCACUGGCUACACCUGGAAGGAGGUCUACCGCCUCAACACUGCCGGCGGCCAGCCCCCCAAGACCUGCGAGGGCAUCGACGGUGACUUCACUGUCGAGUACGCCGCCACUUACUGGUUCUGGACCGAGCCUGGCAAGGACGGCUACUUGAACGGCGCCGUCGCCGGCACGCCUGAUGGCAUGUGA